CUGGUCAGUGCGCUGGCCUCCGAGGCGACGCUGCUGCUCUAUGACGGCUCGCCCUUCCAUCCCGACGGCAAUGCCCUGUUCGAUUAUGCCGACGCGGAGGGCAUGACGCUCUUCGGCACCUCCGCCAAGUAUCUCGACGCCGCCGCCAAGGCCGGGCUCCAGCCCAAGAGUACCCACGACCUCGGCACGCUGCGCACCAUGACAUCCACCGGCUCGCCGCUCGCGCCGGAAGGUUUCGAGUACGUCUACCGCGCCAUCAAGGACGACCUGCAUCUGGCUUCGAUCUCGGGCGGCACGGACAUCAUCUCCUGCUUCGCCCUCGGCAACCCGACGGGGCCCGUCCGGCGUGGCGAGCUGCAGGCGCUGGGCCUCGGCAUGGCGGUGGACGUGUUCGACGAUGCCGGCAGGCCCGUGCGCGGCGAGCCGGGCGAGCUCGUGUGCACGCAGCCCUUCCCCUCCAUGCCGGUCUCGUUCUGGAACGACCCGGACGGCGCCAAGUACCACGGCGCCUAUUUCGACCGCUUCGCGAGCGUCUGGUGCCACGGCGACUGGGUGACGCGGACCGAACACGACGGGCUGGUCAUCCACGGCCGCUCCGACGCGGUGCUGAACCCCGGCGGCGUGCGCAUCGGCACCGCCGAGGUCUAUCGCCAGGUCGAGCAGUGCGACGAGGUGCUGGAGGCCAUCUGCAUCGGCCAGGACUGGGAGGGCGACCAGCGCAUCGUGCUCUUCGUCCGCCUGCGCGAGGGCAUCGCGCUGGACGACGCGCUCACCGACACGGAUCAGGACGCGCAUCCGCCGCGAGUGCACGCCCGCGUCACGUGCCGGCGAAGGUGA